AUGUGUGUGUUUGCAAGUAGCCUCGAGGACCUGAGGGUGGAGGUCUCUGGGGAAUUGCAACAACUACAUCCCGGGCUCGCAGCAAAAUUCAUGAGUCUUCGGUAUCAGGUCAGCAGACCAGGCAUAACACUUGGGCGAUUCGAAUCUGGCGGAGGAAGAGCCAAGGCAGCUUUGCAACUUGACCAUGUGAUUGAGGAAAUUUCACGGAAGCCAGGAUUCGAGAAUUUUCUGAUGUCUCCCAAUGAAGAGGAGACUCGAGAAAUUUCGAGUUCCGGACCUGUUGUCGUCAUUACUACCUGUCCGAUGCGAUGCGAUGCAAUCAUUAUUCAGCCGCAUCAGGUGCGAGGCUUAAGACUCUCACAUUUAAGCCACGAAGAUAUACUUGACAACUUACAGCGCGGAAACAUCAAUAACUUGAAGGUGCUCGAAUGGCUCUGGGAUGUGCUUACCAGUCCCAUUCUCGACGCGUUGGGAUUUACCCAGUCACCUAGUAACGGUGAAGCCUGGCCUCGUAUCUGGUGGAUUCCCAUCGGCCCGCUCUCUAAGUUCCCUAUUCAUGCGGCUGGCUAUCAUAGGCAUCGAACAAAAAACACAGUGAUGGAUAGGGUGGCCUCCUCUUACAGUACGUCGGUGAAGUCUAUGAUUCAGACGCGUCGGCGAGCUACUCCGGCUCCGAGUAGGCCAGAGCGAGCCGUCUUGGUACCUGUUCCCCAAACAACAGGGCACGCGACACUAAAAUUCGUCAAGGAAGAGGCGACGCGGGUCGGGAGCCUUUGCAGAAGCAUGGGCUUCGACGUAAUCGAACCCCAACCGAGGAUGGAGAGCGUGGCGCCACAUAUGGCUGGCUGCAAGAUUUUCCAUUUCGCUGGACACGGUAGCGUUAACCCGAGUGACCCGUCACUGAGCCAGCUACUUCUUGAAGACUGGAAGACACAAGAACUUACUGUUGCUAUGAUCCAAGAAAUGAACUUGCGGUCUGGAUCGCCAUUCUUGGCUUACCUUUCAGCCUGUGGGACUGGCCGCAUUCGCCAAUCCAGCCACCUUGAUGAGAACACUCAUCUCAUUAGUGCCUUUCGCAUCGCUGGGUUCCGGCAUGUCAUAGGUACGCUUUGGGAAGUCAAUGAUGAAUGUUGUGUUAGAGUGGCAGAGAGAACAUACGAGGAAAUGCUUAAUCAAGGCAUUUCUGAUGAUGCCGUGUGUCUAGGUUUACAUACAGCCAUAAGAGAAGCUCGCUAUGAAUGGGAACAAAGAGCGGAAGCAAGCCGUGAUAGAUUGCGAAAACAAGGGAGGACACAUUACUUGAGCGUAGACAGGGAUCGUGAUAUAGAAGAGUGCGAUACCAAUGAUGAUCUUCAGGUGCCUGAAUGGGUUCCCUAUGUUCACUUUGGUGUCUAA